AAUGGGCUAUGAUGAGCGCUGUAAAGACCGAGGCAGCAUGACUUUGGCUGAGAUGGGCUGCCAAACUCAGGCCCUAGCUCGCUGGUGGCCCGCGUCCCUGACACAACUUGGGUCCCAAAAACCACCGACGUCGGGUCUGGACAAGUACCACUAUGACUGUGCUCCCGAAGGCUCCGUUCAAUUCAUGCACUGGCUUCAACGGGAUGAUCCUAAUAGAAGGCGUUAUCCAAUGCUUCGUCUUCUCUGUCAUUCGGAAAGCUUUGGCUGGUAUCUGUGUGCUUUUCAUGUCGCGGUUGAAUGGCUCAUUAAACAACAUCGCUCAUACUUGCUCGGAGCUCUCUAUCUAUUGAGCGUGAACCUCCUAAUGCUGGCUGUAGCUGGACUGUAUUCGUACCUCUGUUCUGGGAGACAGUCCCACAGCGUCCCGACAUAUCCUUUGCCCGAUACCACACUCCUUACAGAACCAUACCAGUGCAUUAAUUCCCAAGGCGACCUUGGGGUUUGCGUCAAACACAACUGCAACGGGAAAUGGAAGCCACCACGAACUCACCAUUGCUCAACGUGUAGCGUUUGUCGCCAGGAAUUUGAUCAUCACUGCCCUUGGAUAGGCAACUGUGUUUCGCUCGAGCGGCUGAAGGCUUUCGCUUAUCUGAUGUAUCUCGUCCCGUUCGCAUUUAUUAUCGUCAUUUCUCCCGUUGCCAGAGUUCUAAUUAGGCAUAUCCUCCUCGCGUUGGAGAUUUCGAGAGGAAGUUCAUGGGCUCGUGAAAUCUGGUGGGACUGGCCUGGCUCGUGGGUAUUCAUUGGAGGUCCUCCUGGUCGAUGGGUCAUCGGCACGGCCCUUGGCUUCAUCGUGCUCAGAGGCGAACACCGUGAAGAGAGACCCCUUCCACCUGGUUACUUGAUUGAAGAACCUCACCUUCGAGUUAUUGUGACCGCAGGAUUUGCUCUUCUCUUGUCUAUUUUCGCCUUGGUCAUAGCUGUCGGUGCGACUGCAGACAUUUUGCGAGGAGUGACGACCUUGGAAACUCUACCUCCUCGCCCAAAACAAUCAGCAAAUCCCAAACCAGACCAGCAUCUCUGGGUCUGCGUUCCUGGCAGUAGUGGUGACGAAACAGUUAUCGCUCCCGUUCAGCCUGGUGAGAAGAUAUACGAUCUUGGCCCAAAGUGCAACUGGGCAAGAUUUAUCAGGCGACCGCUGAUAACCAAUGUAGUACCGAGGGACUAUAUUUGGCCCAAGUUGAAUCUUGCCAUGCUGGAGAGGAUGAGAGCUAGCCAAACGAACACCGAAACGUUGACUCCCCCAUG